AUGUUCAAAGGAUCAGAAAAGAAAUCAGUUCCAGUCACACUAAAGGAAAUAUUACAAGUUACAAAUAUCAGAAACUCUAAAAAAAGGAAUGCGGCAUUAUGGCUUUAUAUAACAGCACUAUAUGAAAUAUGGUGUUGGUAUACGCAAGCUAGAUGGAAAGAAGUAACAAUUCCUCAAAAAGCAAUUGCUAAUAUAGUUACGAUACGACUCAAAUACGAGUUUAAUCUUUUAUACAA